AUGUCGGGCUCGAGAGUUUCCGAUCUGAGCAAAUUGCAUCUGAAGAGAGAGCUGACUCAAAUCAGGAAAGCUGGCCGAGGUUUGCGCGAUCCAGGCACCACUUCCUCGUGGAAAUCCCCUCUCGAUUCCUCGAGAUCCGUCGCUGCGGCGGUUGUGGAGCCUCCGGCGAGUAGAAGCGGCGGGGGUUCGAGUCAGAAUGGUAACAGCGCUCAGAAAUUCCCGAUUCGAGGAGAGAGUAGUAAUCGGGGGACUGGAAACGGGAAGGAGAAGAAAGUGUUCUUGUACAACUGGAAAACUCAGAAAUCUUCCAGCGAGAAAAGUGGAUUAGCUAAGAACGGCAAGGAAGAAGAUGAAUCUUCGUGGACACAAGCCAGUGUCAAUGACGACGACGACGACGACGAUGAUGUGAGUGAUGCGAGGAAAGGUGGCGAUUCUAAGAGCGAUUCAUACCUUGGGGAAAUCCAAUCGGCUUCGAUGAUUUUCAGGUGCAGAGACACGAAUCUAGCGUCUCAGGGUGUGCCAAAGAUGAGGAAGAGCAGUGUUGGUAGCAAGAAGAAGAGUAAGAAAAAAAACUCGUCUCGUUUGGAUUUUCUAUCAAAGUAUCAACCCAGAGAAGAAAUCGUCUCUAGAAAAUCUGUAAAAUGUAAUGCUGCAUCAGCUUUAGCUGUAAGGAGAAGUGACUCUGCUGGAUUAUCAGAUGAUAGCAAUUCAGAAGAUCUAAGAAAGGUCACUGGUGCGUCUCCUCUGCUUUUGAAGCUGAAGCGCAAGAACUGGUCACGUUCUUCCUCCAAGUUGUUGAGAAACACUAGAAAAGAGGAUUCUUCAUGUACUUAUAAUAGCACGCCGGCUUUGUCGACUAGCUCAUACAACAACAUGUACGCUGUUCGUAACCCAAGCACCGUUGGAUCUUGGGAUGGUACCACGACUUCGCUGAAUGACGGUGACGACGAGUUGGAUGAUAACUUGGAUUUACCAGGGAGGCAGGGCUGUGGCAUUCCAUGUUACUGGACGAAGAAGGCGAUGAAACACAGAGGUGGGUGCAGAAGCUGCUGCUCUCCGUCGUUGUCUGAUACGUUGAGAAGAACAGGAAGCAGCAUCUUAUGCGGGAGCCAAUCGGUGUAUCGUGGACGUAACAGACAUUCUUCCGGAGGAUACAGUAAACAGAAAAUCGCGUCGAGAAGCGCACAGGGUGUUUUACCUUUGCUCACAUACGGUGGUGAUGGUAGAGGAGGGUCUUCUAUAGGAACCGGGCUUAGUGACGACGAGCUUUCGACCAACUACGGAGAGCUUGAUUUAGAGGCUCAGAGUAGAUUAGACGGGAGGAGGUGGUCUACUAGUUACAGGAGUCAAGAUGGUUUGGAGGCUGUAGCAUUAGAUGGCGAAGGAGAAGAAGGAAGCACACCAGAAAACAUCAGAGGCUUCAGCCAAAAGUACAGACCACUGUUCUUUGAUGAGUUGAUUGGGCAGAGUAUAGUGGUUCAGUCGCUGAUUAACGCUGUGAAAAGGAGUAGGAUCGCUCAUGUUUAUCUUUUCCAGGGUCCUAGAGGAACAGGGAAGACAUCGACGGCGAGAAUUUUUUCAGCCGCCCUGAAUUGUGUGGCCACUGAAGAGAUGAAGCCUUGUGGGUACUGUAAAGAGUGCGAUGACUUCAUGUCUGGGAAAAGUAGAGAUUUUUGGGAACUUGAUGGAGCUAAUAAGAAGGGAGUUGACAAAGCUAGGUACCUUUUGAAAAACUUACCGGCGAUACUUCCACGGAGUUCCUCAACAUACAAGGUUUUUGUGAUUGAUGAGUGUCAUCUGUUGCCGUCUAAGACGUGGCUGUCUUUUCUCAAGUUUCUUGAGAACCCUCUGCAGAAAGUUGUCUUCAUAUUUAUAACGACAGACCUUGACAACGUUCCUCGGACCAUUCAGUCGAGGUGCCAGAAGUUCCUCUUCGACAAGCUCAAAGAUGCUGACAUUGUAGCGAGACUAAAGAAAAUUGCUUCAGACGAAAAUCUUGAAGUAGAAUCGCAUGCGUUGGACCUGAUUGCUAUGAACGCUGAUGGUUCACUUCGAGAUGCUGAAACUAUGUUGGAGCAGCUGAGUUUGCUGGGAAAACGCAUCACCGCUGCUCUAGUAAACGAGCUAGUGGGUGUUGUUUCAGAUGAAAAAUUGCUGGAACUUUUGGAACUAGCAUUGUCAUCUGAUACAGCAGAGACAGUGAAGCGAGCUAGAGAGUUAUUGGACCUUGGAGCUGACCCAAUAGUCUUGAUGUCUCAACUUGCUAGUCUUAUCAUGGAUAUCAUCGCUGGUACAUACAAAGUUGUAGACGAAAAAUACAGCGAAGCCUUCCUUGAUGGACGAAAUCUGACUGAAGCGGAUAUGGAGGGACUAAAGCACGCUUUGAAACUUCUUUCUGAGGCUGAGAAGCAGCUUAGAGUUUCUAAUGACCGUUCAACAUGGUUCACAGCGACUUUGCUUCAGCUUGGGUCGAUGCCUUCUCCUGGAACCACACAUACAGGAAGUAGCAGUAGAAGGCAAAGCUCUAGAGCAACUGACGAUGACCCGUCAAGCAUUUCGCGGGAAGUGAUGGCUUACAAACAGAGGAAAGGAGGACUUCACUUUAGCAAGUCAGCAUCCCCAACUUCGAUUAGAAAAAGAAGCGGAAGUCACUCCCGUGAAGCGAAAUCGUUCUCCAGGGUUAUCGAUAAUAGCUGCUAUAAAUCCUCCUCCUCAUCUAGCCAAGUUCAAGAGAGCGAAGCUUCAAUCGCCUCACAUGACAACAGCACCGCAAGCACCAUGAUGCUUACUCAAAAAAGCUCGGAGAAACUAAACGAUUUAUGGAGAAAAUGUAUAGAAAGAUGCCAUUCCAAAACGUUGAGGCAGCUGCUCUAUGCUCAUGGGAAACUUAUAUCUAUCAGUGAAGUUGAAGGUAUUCUAGUAGCUUAUAUUGCCUUUGGAGAAACCGAUAUCAAAUUAAGAGCUGAAAGGUUUCUAAGCAGUAUCACAAACUCGAUCGAGAUGGUACUAAGGCGAAGCGUAGAGGUCAGGAUAAUCCUCUUGCCUGAAACAGAGUCACUCGUAGUUCCUCACCAAACCCGAAAACAAGAAAUGACCAACAAAGGUGGAGAUGUAAAUGCCAUCAAUGGUUUAAAUGCUGCAUCAGACGUGGAAAUCGGUAGCAGCGAAGGAAGCAGAUCAAAAAUCCCGAUGCAGAGGAUAGAAUCGAUCAUCCGAGAACAGAGAUUAGAAACCGCGUGGUUACAAACCGCUGAUAAAGACACACCUGGAUCGGUUAUACGGAUAAAACCCGAAAGGAAUCAGAUUCUACCUCAAGAAGACACUUAUCGCCAACCUAACGUAGGUUCUGGUAUUUCUUCUUCUGGACUAACAUCUCACCAUUGGGUAGAUGAGUUAAACAAUGACGUUAAGCUUUUGAAAAUCGGCGAAAAUGGUGAGCUUCAAGAGAAUCUAAUGGGUAAAAGAGGAAUGCAUUGUCCUCUUUCCCCGAGCUUACUUCAUGAUUCUAACUUCGGACACAACAAAGACAAUCUAGGAGGGUACGAAUCAGGAUCAGGAAGAGUUGGUUGUAAUAUGUUAUUUUGUUGGAACACACAUAAGACUCAAAGAAGAAGCAAGUCGAAACAGGGUAAGGGAACUCCUGUUCGGUCUCAGAGAAGUCGAAAGAGACGAUUCUCGCUGUUUAAUGGAUGUGCUAAGCCGAGGAAAACAGAAGGUAACUUUAGAAGAUGA